AUGGCGCCAGUGACUCUCUCCAGCCUAAAUAAGGCCUCUUUCUCCCUUGGGUCAGCACUUGCAACUUCUCUCCAUUCGUCGCUCAUUGUCGUCCAGUCCCUUGAUCCACGUCCACGCCGCCCAACACACGAGCCCGCCUGGAUCGGUUGCGUGAAACAUGUCCAUGCCGGUCAGCAGAUUGACAUUCGCGGAGCCGGCGUCCAGGUUAUCAAGCGCAUGGGCGUCGAAGAGGCUAUCAGGGCGAGAACAACGCGCGAGGACGGCCUGCUCUUCAUCGAUGCAAAUGGGAGGCAUAAGGCCGAAUUUCCGGUGCGGCCAGGCGAGCUCAGCUUCACCUCGGAAUACGAAAUUGUGCGUGAGAGUUUGGUCAAGGUAUUCUUCGAUGCGACCAAGGCCAACACCGAGUACAUCUUUGGUAACCACGUCACCAAUCUCCAGCAGGCGGACGACGAAAAAGUUUCAGUCACUCUCGACACCGGCGAGACCCGUGUCUUUGAUCUCCUGAUAGGCGCUGAUGGCAUGUGGUCUAAAAUCCGCAAACUGGCAUUUCCCGACAUCCAGGACCCCUCGAAAUUCCUCGGACAGUACACUUCCUACUUUACCAUCCCAUACGAGAGACAGGACAGUACCUACGCCAAAUGGUACAAUGCUCAGGGCGGCCGCAGUAUUCUCAUCCGCCCCGACAACAGUGGCUGCACACGCUCCUUCCUCUCCAUCAUCUCCAACGAGCCGGCCGGCUAUCGCCAGCUCUCCAUUCCGGCCCAGAAAGCAAUGAUGCGGAGACUCUUCGCCGAUGCUGGGUGGGAGACGGAGCGAAUACUCAACGGUAUGGACAAGGCCGACGAUUUCUACAUGCAGGAGAUUGGUCAGAUUCGCAUGCCGUGCUGGAGCCGCGGUCGCGUCGUAUUGCUCGGGGAUGCAGGGUAUUGUUCGUCGCCGAUUUCUGGCAUGGGUACGACGCUGGCGAUCGCCGGAGCUUACGUCUUGGCAGGCGAAAUCUCCCGAGCAGGUAAGGAUUUUAGGAGUGCCUUCCAGGGCUACGAGAGCAAGAUGAGACCAUACGUUACCAAGGCGCAGGAUCUGCCUCCCGGCGUGCCGGCGAUCCUCAACCCCCAAUCUAAAUGGGGAAUCAAGGUCUUCCACAGCAUCAUUGGCUUGGUCGCUUGGAGCCGCAUAUUUUCGCUGGUGGAGAAGCUGUCGGGGGCACCGGAAGCCGACAAUACCUUUCCAAACUACGAGCCUAUAUCGCCACACGGCGCUAAAGUUGAGCCGGCAUAA